UUUGACACACAGGACACAUCACUGCCAGUUGGUGGCGGUAAUGAGUCGUUAUUGCCAACCGCCGACAAACCACAAAGAAGAAGACGAAGUACUGCGCGUGCACACAGCGGAAAGUAGACUUACCGAGUAAUGAUUAUAGCCACAGUCAUCAUACUUGUUAUCUACGACGGAGACUUUUGUGGUGUGACAAAUAUAGUGUGACUGUGCUGAGCUUUCUUACUGCUGCCCUUCUGGUCUCCGGCAGAUCACGUUUAUGUUUCUCAUACGUGAUUGGAAAGAUAUAGGGUCUCGUAGCUCGGACAGCUUGGUCUCUCUCCUAGUCCAACUACAAAGCCGGCCUCCUCCGCUGGGGGAUCUUUAGUUCGGGUUAUUCUGAGAGGAGAUCCAGAGCGACUGGCAGCAGGCGAAGAGUCUGCAGGAGGAGCAUCUCAGCACCUGUAGUCAGAAACAUUGGUUCUUCACUGAAGGCAAAAGAAGGGGAAGUGUGCUGAAACCUCUCCAAAUUUAUGACCUCAACAAAAACCAACCAAUGCCAGCAAGUACAGAUGAAUGAGUUGUGAUCCCUGUGGAGAAGACUUUCAUCACUAUGAAGAAGGCCAGAAGACGCCAGCGCAUUGACAGUGGAGACAGAAGCUUCAUGUGCAAUCAGUGUGGAAAGGCUUUUACCGAGAAUGGCAACUUAAAAAGACAUCAGCUCGUCCACACUGGCAUUAAACCAUUCAGCUGCGAGCAGUGUGGACAGGCUUUCAACCAAAAUAGCAAGUUAAAAAAACACCAGCUUCUCCACACUGGAUUUAAACCAUUUAGCUGUGAUCAGUGUGGAAAGGCUUUUACUGAAAAUGGCAACUUAAAACAACAUCAGCUCGUCCACACUGGCAUUAAACCAUUCAGCUGCGAUCAGUGUGGAAAGACUUUCACUCAGAAUAGCAGCUUAAAAAAACAUCAACUCAUCCACACUGGCAUUAAACCAUUCAGCUGCGAUCAGUGUGGAAAGACUUUCACUCAGAAUAGCAGCUUAAAAAAACAUCAACUCAUCCACACUGGAUUAAAACCAUUUAGCUGUGAUCAAUGUGGAAAGGCUUUUACUGAAAAUGGCAACUUAAAACAACAUCAGCUCAUCCACACUGGCAUUAAACCAUUCAGCUGCGAUCAGUGUGGAAAGACUUUCACUCAGAGUGGCAGCUUAAAAAAACAUCAACUCAUCCACACUGGAUUUAAACCAUUCAGCUGCGAUCAGUGUGGAAAGUUUUUUACUCAUAGUAACUGUUUAAAAGAACAUCAGCUCAUCCAUACUACAGAUAAACCAUUCACCUGUGAUCUGUGUGGAAAGUCUUUUACUCAUAGUAAAAGCUUAAAAGAUCAUCUUCUCAUCCACACUGGAAUUAAAUCAUUUGUCUGUGGUCAGUGUGGAAAGGCUUUUACUCAUAUUACAAAUUUAAAACAACAUCAGCUCAUCCACACUGGAAUUAAACCAUUCAGCUGUGAUCAGUGUGGAAAAUCAUUUACUCGGCGUAGAAACUUAAAAAAACAUCAUCUCCUCCACAUUGGAUUGAAACCAUUCAGCUGUGAUCAGUGUGGAAAGUCUUUUAGCUGCAUGAGUUCCUUGAAAGAACAUCAGGCCAUCCACACUGGCAUUAAACCAUUUGUCUGUUGUCAGUGUGGAAAGGGUUUUCGUCGCAUGGAUACUUUAAAAAAUCAUCAACUAAUCCACACUGGAGUUAAUUAAUUUUUUUAUUGGUCAGUGCUGAAAUGCGGCCAAUUCUAUGUAAACAUUUUAAAAAAUCAGAUUGUUCACACUGCAAUUGUAGCGUGUAUUGAAUUUGUGGAAUUUCUUUCGUAUUGUAUUGUAUAUUGUAAUAUUUGAUGUUUAUUUCUAUUUAUGUUCUUUUAAUUGUUUUUCUGCUUGAUCUAAUAUUUGUCAUUUCUAGUCUUUAGGUUCUGUUAUCAUGCCUCCCCUCUUUUUCACAUUCUGUGUUUUGUCAGCAGUGGCAGUCCUAGCCUGGUUGGUGCCCUGGGCGAACACCAUCUCUGCCCCACACCCACAGAUAACAUAUAUGUAUGUUUUCAUGUGUAUAUAUGUAUAUUAAAGAUUGUACAUGCAUAUAAAACAUA